AUGCUUCUCGGUCUUCAACAGCCACCUAUCUCGCAAGCACCUCUAGCGAUAGCAAUAUUAUGUGAGUCCUUCUACGUGCUGCUAGAAUAUGCGAAGACGGCCAUGUUCAUGUGGUUUCUGCUCGAGGGAGUUACUCUUCACAACAUGGUCGCCAUUGCAGUCUUCUCUAGUAAACCGAACUACGUCAUCUACUAUCUGGCCGGAUGGGGGGUUCCAGCAGUCAUCACAAACAUAUGGGCUGUUGUACAGGGACUUCUAAACCCCAACCAAGUGUGCUGGUUCGGCUAUAACAUCUUAAAGAUAUAUUGGAUUAUGGAUGGCCCCCGAACAGCCGUGAUCAUCUUAAACAUCGGAUUCCUGCUGAAUAUAAUCAGAGUUCUCGUUACGAAGAUGAGAGCUACACAUUCGAGUGAAGCGGAACAAGCCAGGUCGCUGAAGUCGCAUCGGACGAGGAUUCACAGGAACCUGUUUUUCGCGAUGCUCGUUCAGGUGAUGGUCAGGUUGAUCGUGUACACGGACCAGUACGCCACGCGCAGCCAGGCGGACGGAUUCGCUAGCACCAAGCGCAGCGGCAUCGACAACACGAAAAGCUGUCAAGGAAUCAUUAACGGGAUGGAGGCCAUGUCGGGUCCACUGGAUAAGGACAUCAUUCUCUUUGCGGUCUGGUCGUUCGGUGUUCACUUCCUUGUCGCCUUCCAAGGAUUCUUCAUAUCUCUCGCCUACUGCUUCCUCAACGAAGAGGGUCACACGAUCACGCAUUACCAAGGUGAUCUCAUUAUUUCUGCAAAGCCGCGGACGCCAAAUAACAAAAGUAGCCCGGAUGCGGAUGCGGAUCUACUGGUAGCAUCAACGACCUUAGCCGAGGCUAGGUUGUGA